GGGUGGGGGAAGCGGCGACCGCGGAGGCCCCGGGUUUGGGCGCUGAGGUGGGUGCGGAAGGUGCCGCACUUGAUGUGACGGGCCAGGCCCGGGCAGUCGGUGCGCGGGGACAGCGAGGCCUCCGCGCCGCAAGCAGGAGUUCACAAUGACUAAUGAAGAACCUCUCCCAAAGAAGGUUCGCCUUAGUGAAACAGACUUUAAGGUUUUGGGUAGAGAUGAACUGAUCCUAAGGUGGAAGCAAUAUGAAGCAUAUGUACAGGCUCUGGAGGGCAAAUACACAGAUCUUAAUUCUAAUGAUGUAACUGGAUUGAGAGAGUCUGAAGAGAAGCUGAAGCAACAACAGCAAGAGUCUGCCCGAAGAGAGAAUAUCCUGGUGAUGAGGUUGGCAACUAAGGAACAGGAAAUGCAAGAGUGUACUAAUCAGAUUCAGUACCUCAAGCAAGUCCAGCAGCCUAGUGUUGCCCAACUGAGAUCAACAAUGGUGGACCCAGCCAUCAACUUGUUUUUCCUAAAAAUGAAAGGUGAACUGGAACAGACUAAAGACAAACUGGAACAAGCCCAAAAUGAACUGAGUGCCUGGAAAUUUACGCCUGAUAGCCAAACAGGCAAAAAGUUAAUGGCGAAGUGUCGAAUGCUUAUCCAGGAGAAUCAAGAGCUUGGAAGGCAGCUGUCCCAAGGACGCAUUGCACAGCUUGAGGCAGAGCUGGCUUUACAGAAGAAAUAUAGUGAGGAACUAAAAAGCAGUCAGGAUGAAUUGAAUGACUUCAUCAUCCAGCUUGAUGAGGAGGUAGAGGGUAUGCAGAGUACCAUUCUAGUUCUCCAGCAGCAGUUGAAGGAGACUCGCCAGCAGUUGGCUCAGUUCCAGCAGCAGCAGUCCCAGGCCUCAGCACCAGGUACCAGCAGGACUCCAUCUUCUGAGCCUACAGACCAGGGAGAGGCCAUGGGUAAAGACUGCAGCCGUCUGGCUAAUGGACCGAGCAACGGCAGCUCUUCCCAUCAGAGGACGUCUGGGCCUGGAUUUUAUAGGGAGGGUAGUGGCACAGAAGAUGACUUCUCAGCAUCUCCAGGGAAUGGUAAUAAGCUCUCCAACCACUCUGAAGAUAGAACUGUCAGAGGCGGUUGUAGCUACAUAAACCAACUAAGUACUGGGUAUGAAAGUGUAGACUCUCCCACUGGCAGUGAAAACUCACUCACUCACCACUCAAAUGACACAGACUCCAAUCAUGAUCCUCAAGAAGAGAAAACAGUGAGCAUGAAAGGUAAUAGAACUGUGGGUUCUCGUCAUGUUCAGAAUGGUUUGGACUCCAAUGUAAAUGUCCAGGGUUCAGUUUUGUAACAUUUUUUUUCUGCAACACUUUUAUACAGUGUCAUUUAAAUUGGGAGAGGAUACUGUCCAGAAACCGUUUAAAUUAGUGCAUACUCGUCACAGUUUUGCCUUUUUGUGGGUUUUUUUGCUUCAAUACCUCUGCCACUUUGGAAAUUUUAACAGUUAAUUACGUUGAACGUUGCUAAAAGGACAUUUGUGUAGGCUCAAGUUAUUUUUAUAUGAGUUAAUGUGAAGUUGAAAGUGGAAAUUAUUUCCACAAAGUAUAACAUAAAUGAUGUCUGUACAAAUCUGUGUAUAUCUAGAACCUGUGCUGUGUAAGGGCAUUCUUACUCAUAUUGUUAUAUUUACACCACAUUCAAAAUUUGUCAUACUAGCUGUGGGUUUAUGACUGCCAAGUUUGCCCAGUACCGUAGUUUUAUCACUAAAAGAUGGACUUGUUGAAGGAGUCCUGUAGUAGUUCCAGUGUUAAUUACAGGUUUUUUUUCCCCACCAUUCAUCUGUGCAUUUCUCCUUAGGUGGCCGAAUGUUUAAGAAGUUUGUGUGCAUAGUUACUCAGUUUUAAGAACUGUUGUAUCCUGUUUAUGCAUAUUGCUCUGUGACUCCAAUAUUCUCUUACCUGUACUGACCAAACCUAAAUAAAGACUUUUAAUAAUGUAAUUUAUUUUAGUCUGCAUUGGUUUCAUAUGAUGUAUUUGUAUACAAUGCAUUUUUAUUGUACGUGUUUUCUGUUGGGUUAUUUGCCCACUACCAAUCUACAUAGUAAAAAAAUCAUGCUGAAGA